AUGAUCGUUAAACUGAUUCGUAAUGCGCACAACAUCGAGUUUCUGGCGAUAGAUCCUGAACAACUUCCAACGAUAGUUAUGGGCCCCAUAUGGGGAGUAGACAAUAUUCUUGCGGAGCUCUCUUCACAUGAGUUUCCUCACUUGAGCCACCUUCGCGUGGGUGUUUACGAGCGCCCGGUACUCACCCAUAAUUUCGGUCACCACAUUUUCGGCAUAUGGAGGUUCAUUCAAAAUCACAAGCACUUACAGACCAUCGAGUUGGACAUAUCUGAAUUUGAAGAACAGGGAGGACCGAUGAUUUCUCCUCGUGACAUAGAGGAAGCGAUGCCUUCGAUCCGUCAUAUUAGGGCCCCGGUCUCAGUUGUCACACCUUUGCUAAAUUCGAGCCUUGGAGCACAGCUAGAGACACUAGAUAUUGCCUACCCGGCUCAUCUCAAUCACUUUCAUAUCGAGGAGCUUAGCAGGCCCAGCUUUCCGGAACUUUCACGUUUAAGGGCCCUACGAAUCUUUACCAAUCACGAAGGGGCGUACGAUUCUAACGGUGACUCGAAUGUGAUACACAUACUAGGCGAAAUAGCAGCUAGAGUGCCGGUCCUGAAGGAGUUGGUUAUCCUAACGACGGGUCUCAAUGGCCCUAGUCAAUAUGACCAGGCGAGUAAGAGUUUGCUUGAUAUUCUCACACAGCUCCCGCACCUUGGUCGCCUAGGACUUGCCGAGAAAUGUCUUCAGCGGUUCAACGAUGUCCCACCCGGUACUCCCAGCUUUUCCGAAAGUGCCAAAGCACUGUGCCCGGAAUUGAGUAUAAGGGCAACCCUGAGUUUAGUUUGA